GGGAACUCCGUUUUGGUUUAGAUCAGUUCCCAGCUUCUUUUUUGUUUGGAAAAAGUGGAACUAUUUCACAUUCACUGUCUCUGAGAGGUGAAAUGGCGCAGCGAGGAAUUCAAAUAGACCAGGAAAAACUCUGCUGUUCGAUCUGUCUGGAUCUACUGAAGGAUCCCGUGACUAUUCCCUGUGGACACAGCUACUGUAUGAGUUGUAUUAAAAGCCACUGGGAUGAAGAGGACCAGAAGCAAAUCCACAGCUGUCCUCAGUGCAGACACACCUUCAUGCCGAGGCCUGCUCUGGUGAAAAACACCAUGUUAGCAGAUUUAGUGGAGGAACUGAAGAAGACAGGACUCCAAGCUGCUCCAGCUGAUCACUGCUAUGCCGGACCUGAAGAUGUGGCCUGUGAUGUCUGUACUGGGAGAAAGCUGAAAGCUGUCAAGUCCUGUCUGCAGUGUCUGGUGUCUUACUGUGAGCAGCACCUCCAGCCUCACUAUGAAUCCCCUGCCUUUGAAAAACACAAGCUGGUCGACCCCUCCAAGAAGCUUCAGGAGAACAUCUGUACUCGUCACAAUGAGGUGAUAAAGAUUUUCUGCCGCACUGAUCAGCAGUGUAUCUGUUAUCUGUGCUCCAUGGAUGAACAUAAAGGCCACGACACAAUUUCAGCUGCAGCAGAACGGACUGAGAGGCAGAAAGAGCUCGGGGUGAGUCGACAAAACAUCCAGCAGAGAAUCCAGAACAGAGAGAAAGAUGUGACGGUGCUUCAGCAGGAGGUGGAGGCUAUCAAUCACUCGGCUGAUAAAGCAGUGAGGGACAGUGAGAAGAUCUUCACAGAUCUGAUCCGUCUCAUUGAGAAAAGAAGCUCUGAUGUGAAGCAGCACAUCAGAUCUCAGCAGAAAACUAAAGUUAGACAAGUCAAAGAGCUUCAGGAGAAGCUGCAGCAGGAGAUCACUGAUCUGAGGAGGAAAGACACUGAGCUGGAGAAGCUCUCACACACAGAGGACCACACCCAGUUUCUACAGAGCUACCCCUCACUGUCACAUCUCACUGACUCUAAAGACUCAUCCAGGAUCAAUAUCCGCCCUGUGCGACACUUUGAGGAUGUGACUGCAGCUGUGUCAGAGGCCAGAGAUAAACUACAGGACUUUGUUAGUGAUGUGUGGACCAAGAUCUCACUGACAAAGACUGAAGUGGAUGUUUUGCUGGCACAACCUCAGCCCAAGACCAGAGCUGAAUUCUUACAGUAUUCACGUCAGAUCACACUGGAUCCAAACACAGCAGGCAGAUGGCUCAAAUUAUCUGCAAGGAAGAGAAAAGCAACAGUGAGAGGAUCAAUUUUAGCGCUAGCUUUCAACAGUAGUUUUCAGGUCCUGAGCAGAGAGAGUCUGACUGGACGAUGGUACUGGGAGGUGGAGUGGAGUGGUGGUGCAGUUUCAGUAGCAGUCACAUCUGCACAUAGGAGAAGACCAGUAUAUGAAACUGGAUUUGGGAACAGUGACACAUCUUGGGCAGUAUAUUGUUUGAAUGAUUCUUAUCAAUUCAGACAUAACAACAUCAGCACUCCCAUCUCAGGCCCUCAGUCCUCCAGAGUGGGAGUGUACCUGGAUCACCCUGCAGGUAUUUUGUCCUUCUACAGCGUCUCUGACACCAUGACUCUCCUCCACAGAGUCCAGACCACAUUCACUCAGCCUCUCUAUGCUGGACUUGGUGUUUAUGGUUAUGAUUCCUCUGCUGAAUUGUGUGAUCUCAAGUAGACAGGUGUUAUAAACAAGACAAAGGCUGAGAAUCUACUUUUAGGUAGUAAAUUUACUCUCCAUCUUUGUUGUUCAGCUCUCUGUGCUGUGAUGGUUCUGCACUGAACAGUCACUCAAACAGUGUGGGUAUAUGUAGAUAUAUGUAUAUUAAGCAUAUAUGUAUAGAACUUAAAUAUCAGAUGAACAGAAAUGAACAGAAUCUAUAAGUGUGGGGGUUUUCUUUUAAAAUCUUUUAAGUAAAAUAAUAUUGUGGAGUUGAAUGGGUUUUUUUUCAGAUAAUGUUUGUAUAGUGGGAAAAUUUGAUUAAUUGGAAACAAAUAUCAAAAAUGUCAACAUUUUAGUGUUUAUAUAUAGAAAUAAACCCAUGUAAUCAUUGACAUAUAUACUAUUUUUUGUUGUAAAGUGUUUGAUUUGAGCUCACAGAUGAUCAUAGUUGAUGUUUAUUUUUUAAAAGUGUAGUUAAGAUGUAUAAUUAUUGUUACUAUACUCAGUGGUCGAAUUGUUAAUUUUUAACAAGGGGGAUGCAAUGUAGCUUUGAUUUUUAUGCGUGCACACAUCAUCAAAUAUGACAGCACAGAUGUGCAAAAUUAAUCAAGACAAAGAAAAAUGGCAUGACCUAUACCUGCUGCCUUUAAAAACACAAAUAAUGCAGUAGUAGUGCUAUUGCAAUACAGACAAAAACAUUUUAGAGUAUAAAUCAGAUUAGUUCUAAAAUAGCUGUGAAAAUGAAUCUUAGAGUCACUCUUAUCCUAUAGACAUUUCCUUAGCCAGUUAUAAUUUCUCCUUACCUGUGAAGCCUUGGGCUGAUAAUUGGUGAUGCUGUCAGGUCCCUGUCCUGAUACCUGCCUGGUUUCUCCCUGUCCCUCUUCUAUCUAUUACAAUAAUAUACAGUAGAUAAUAAACGUGCAAAGCAAAAUUCAUAAAUAGAAUUAGGAAUAGUAUUGGUGACAUAGCUGUGGAAAUUAAUUGCACAGUCACUUUUGUGCUAUAGAUAUUUUCUCAGCCAGUUAUAAUCUCUCCUCACCUAUGAGGACCCUACAUGAUCAUCCUUGCUGGCCUCUGGUCCACUGUCUCCUCCCUGACCCUGCUCUUUAUAUUGUAGCAAUAAAGAUUAAACAAAUAUGUGCAAAGCAUUAGUGAGCACAAGUUCUUAUUAAGGAGGAGUGGGUUUAUUCCUAGCAUGAAACUAGCUAGCAAGGCAUUUAACAUACGUAACACAUUAACAUUAGUAUUCUUGUUAACUAGCUUAACUUGAUAUAUUGGCAUCUAUUAAUUAGUCAUCAUUUAGCUAACAUUAUCUACAUGCAACAGCAUUAUUCAACUUACACGGUUUGUUUGGAAGAAACUGUGCACUGACUAUACUGAUAAUCACUUGUGACACAUUGUUGAUUUUCCUCUACAGUGCAGACAUUCUGGUUUAGCAGACUUAAUGUGGAUUAAAAGAAUGGAGAAACUGAACCAGGAUUUAUUAAUUAGCUCAUUUAAUAAAGUUGAU